AUGGCGGGUUCUGCCGCCGGUGACUUGCUGUCCAGAGCUCAGGCCGCUUUCGUCCACCGCUCGGAUUUUGAGAAAGAUUUUAUCUUUGGUUCUGCUACCGCUGCCUUCCAGAUUGAAGAAUUGUUUAAGAAAUAUAGUGAAGAUGCUGUCAAUCAUUACGAAAAAUAUGAGGAGGAUGUGAAACUGAUGAAGGACAUUGGCUUUGAUGCUUACAGAUUCUCGAUUUCAUGGACCAGAAUUUUCCCAACCAUGGCCGCUGCGUUAACUCUGAAACACAUAUUCUCCUUCUUACCUCACAAACCCAAUUUCCCAUUUCAACACUUCCGGCCACUCAGAAGAACUCCGUUAACCUUCCGACGACCCUAUUGUCUGUCAACUGCAGUUGUAAAGUCGGACACCAGCAGCGAAUUAGGAAAUUUUACUUCCAAAACUAUUGAUCCUUCUUAUCUCUCUUGUUCUAUGCCCGACAAGAAGCCUCUGAACAUAGCUGUUCUUAUCAGUGGUGGGGUUGAUAGUAGCGUGGCACUUCGUCUCGUUCAUCUAGCUGGCCACUCUUGCACUGCUUUUUAUCUCAAAAUUUGGUUUCAAGAAGAUUUUGAAAACUUUUGGUCUGAAUGUCCUUGGGAAGAGGACUUAAAGUAUGCAAGGGCUGUCUGUGCUCAGGUCGACGUACCAUUGGAAGUUGUGCAUUUGACAGAUGAAUACUGGAAUAAUGUGGUAUCUUAUAUCAUUGAGGAGUAUCGAUGUGGCCGCACUCCAAAUCCAGAUGUUCUUUGCAACACCAGAAUUAAAUUUGGUGCCUUCCUUGAUGCUGUUAGUGGCAUGAAUUUUGACUAUGUUGCUUCUGGACAUUAUGCAAAAGUUGUCCACAGAGCUGCUGAUCAAACAGAAGAACCUUCUGUGUUGGAACUGUCAAAAGAUAUGGUGAAGGAUCAAACCUAUUUCUUAUCUCAUCUCUCACAGUCUCAGCUUAGACGAUUAUUGUUCCCCCUUGGAUGUAUUCCUAAGAAUGAAGUCCGGCAUCUUGCUAAGCUUUUUCAUCUUCCCAAUCAGGAUAGAAAAGAUUCUCAAGGAAUUUGCUUUCUUGGCAAGAUAAAAUUCAGUGAAUUCAUUGCUAAGCAAAUCGGGGAAGAGGAAGGGGUUAUUUUAGAGGCUGAAACAGGUGAUUUCCUCGGAAAGCAUCGUGGAUUCUGGUUUUACACAAUUGGCCAGCGCCAGGGCCUACGUCUUCCUGGAGGACCCUGGUAUGUUGUUGAGAAAGAUGUUAAACAUAACGUAGUCUUUGUCUCACGGAACUAUUUUGCUGUUGAUAAGAAGAGGCGCUUGUUCCGUGUUGGCUCUUUGAAGUGGUUUAGUAAUUUACCGCCUAACCAGGGAAAGCCCCUCCAGUGCAAGGUCCGACAUAGCCCUGAGUUUCACAAUUGCACCUUGCUUCUGGAAAAUGAUGAACAAGGAAAUCUAGUAGCAGUGGUCAGAAUAUCGGAAGACGAUCAGGGUCUGGCAGCUGGACAGUAUGCUGCUUUCUAUGAAGGAAGUACUUGCAUUGGCUCUGGUGUAAUCUUGGAGGCAUGGGAUGAUCAAGGGUUUCCUGUUUGUGCCAAGGCAAUUGAAAUAGCUAGAAUGGAAGAUAAGUCAAAGCUUGGGAAGCCUGUUAAAAUAAGGAACAUCGAUGAUAAAAUAGGUUUACUAGCAUAA